AUGAUUGUAUCCUAUGAUAGUCAGCGAAGAGACUCAUGCAUGCAGGUUCGGAAUCUCAUCAUUCACUUGAAGUCUGAGAAAGUAUAUUUGGAUGCUAAGUUAAAAUUUGACAACCCUGCCGAAAUGUUCGAACAUUAUCAGAAGAACAGCUUCACCAUUAAUAAUAAAGAAAUCUUCUUGACUCGUGGAGUUGGACUAACCGACUGGGAGUUUGAGCACAAAAACGUCCGAGUUGGACGCGUCAUUGGUCGUGGACAGUUUGGCGAAGUGAGGAGAGGGAAGCUUACGCUGAAAUCUGGUGCGGUUGUCUCCGUGGCCAUAAAAUCGGUUAAAACAGAUGGCGACAUAUCUAAAGAGUUAAUAAAAGAAGUGAUGAAAGAGGCUCGACUAAUGCGCGGUCUCCAGCAUCCAAAUGUUGUGAAUCUUUACGGUGUUGGGUUACUCGACCAGCCCCUAUACAUACUACUGGAAUAUGUUGCUGGUGGCGCUUUGAAGUCAUAUCUGAGAAAGAACAAAGACACAAUAACAAUUGCUGAGAAGAUACAGAUGUCAUUGGGAGCUGCAUGGGGUAUCGACUACCUGCAUAGGUCAAGCAUACUUCACCGAGAUAUUGCCGCACGCAACUGCCUUUACGACCACGACUCAGCGGUCAAGAUAUCAGAUUUCGGCUUAUCCCGAAUCGGUACGGAGUAUAAAAUGAAAACAGCGAAGAAAAUGCCGAUUAAGUGGAUGGCGCCGGAGAGCAUAGUUAGCUUCAUGUUUUCCAAGAAAUCCGAUGUCUACUCUUAUGGGGUACUGGUCUACGAAAUUUGGUCUUCGAAGGAUCCUUACGGCGACGCAAUAGCAUCUGUAGCGAGGAAAAAAAUCAUCAGCGGAGAACUCAACGAAUUUCCUAGCGGCACGCCAGAAGAUUUGGUCGCAUACGUCAAGGAGAAGUUGUGGAACAAAAAUCCAGAACAAAGAGAAGACAUGGACAAGGUCUGCGUGACUUAUAUCACCGUUGCCCUAUUCGGGAUCUCCUUCGUUCCGCAUACCUUGAGAAAUUUCUCAAUGAUCAGUCGUACCCUCACGUCAAAAGGCUACCACCUGCCACCGCUUGCUUUGCGAGGACAGCUCACCUUAGAUGUUGCCAUAAUGCCUAGUCGACGAACAUAA